UUUGAUUGUGUUCAUCCGCGCGCAUGCUUCCAUGCUCUCUUCAUGUGCCGGCGGUUGUUUUCAUGGCGUCGUGCACGUAGUGCACGUGGUGGGAAAACUUUCGUAGUUUGUUGUGGCUAGUGUCGUUGUGACCGCAGCGAACUUUCCAACAUGUUAGUCCUCUUCGAGUCACCGGCGGGAUACGCCAUUUUCAAGGUUCUAGAUGAAAAGAAGCUUCAAAAGACCGACAAUUUGUUCCAAGACUUCGAGACGCCGGACAAGGCAUCGCGUGUGGUGAAGCUGAAGCACUUCGAGAAGUUUGGAGACAUGACCGAGGCCUUGGCGGCUGCAACGGCAGCUGUCGAAGGUAAGAUGAGCAAAAGCCUGAAGAAAGCGUUGAAGAAGGUUAUAGCCAAGGAAGCGCACGAGAGUCUUGCCGUCGCGGACGCUAAGCUUGGAAACGUCAUCAAGGAGAAGUUCGAUAUCAGCUGUGUCGCCAACAGCUCUAUCCAAGAGCUGAUGCGUUGCAUUCGGUCCCAAAUGGACAGCUUGAUCACGGGACUCCCCAAGAAGGAGAUGACCGCUAUGGCAUUAGGUUUGGCCCAUAGUUUGUCCCGGUAUAAGCUCAAGUUCAGCCCCGACAAGGUCGAUACUAUGAUCAUCCAAGCGGUAUCUCUCCUUGACGACCUGGACAAGGAGCUCAACAAUUACAUCAUGCGUUGCAAAGAGUGGUACGGUUGGCACUUUCCGGAGCUCUCGAAAGUGGUCACGGACAACCUGCUGUACGUGCGUACCGUUCAGACGAUCGGCUUGCGCACCAACGCCAUCGAGACGGACCUGUCCGAGAUACUGCCCGAAGACCAGGAGGCGAAAGUGAAAGAGCUCGCCGAAAUGUCCAUGGGCACGGAGGUAUCCGACGAAGACAUCCGCAACAUACUGCACCUGUGCCGCGAGAUCAUGGAGAUGAGCAGCUACCGCGCCCAGCUGUUCGAGUACCUCAAGAACCGCAUGAUCGCCGUGGCGCCCAACUUGACCAUCCUAGUGGGAGAACUGGUCGGAGCGCGACUCAUUUCGCACGCUGGCUCGCUGCUGAACUUGGCCAAGCACCCGGCCUCCACCGUGCAAAUACUGGGCGCCGAAAAGGCGCUCUUCCGGGCUCUCAAGACCAAGCACGACACGCCCAAGUACGGUCUCAUCUACCACGCGCAGUUGGUAGGCCAGAGCACACAGAAGCUGAAAGGCAAGGUGUCGCGUAUGCUGGCCGCCAAGGCAGCUCUGGCGACCAGAGUCGACGCGCUGGGAGACGACGGAACGGGUACCGAGCUUGGAGUUGAACACAGGGCGAAGCUGGAGACGCGCAUGCGAAUCCUCGAAGAAGGCGGUGGCAACCGAAGAAUCAGCGGCACGGCUCGGGGCAAGGCCAGGCAAGACAGGUACGAACACAAGAGUGUCGUGCGUCAAUACGAGCCGGCCGCUGACUCGACACUGCCCACGACAUCGAUUGCCGGCGCGAAGAGAAAGUUUAAGCAGGAAGAAGGGGAGGAAGAUAACGAGGCGGCCGAUGAUGUCACCGAGCCCAAACCCAAGAAGAAAAAGACCAAGGCAGCAGAGGAGGUGACAGCUGUAACCGAGGCCGAAAGCGAGUCUGUCACCCCCAAGAAGAAGAAGAAGAAGCCGAAGAAGGAAGUUGAAGAGGAGUCCGAGACUCCUGUGCAAGUCAAGAGUGAGCCGGUUACCCCAAAAAAGAAGAAGAAAAAGCACCAGCCUUCUGCAGGUGAUGACGAAUAAAUGAUUGACUCAGUUUUUAAAA